AUGGCUCCCACCAUGGCGACCAUUGCAGCCUGGAUGCUGCUGGGGAUACGCUCGGUCCAGGCGGACAUGUACCUGAACAACCCUCGCGGCUCCAACAACAAGCUGCGCGAGCAGAGCAACAACGUGCAGAACGCCAAUCGUCUCUUUGACUCCCAGAACAACGCCGCUUCUGGAUACCAAAUCGGAGAUGACUGCAAGCCCGCCUGCAAGGACGGCAACAACAACUACGACGUGACUAAGGAGGGUGCCACGAAGGGGACCAUGAAGUUCUAUCAAGGCUCCGAGCUGUAUAUCGAAUGGCAUCACCAGCACGGCUGUGGCGUUGGCCACCCGAACCUGAAGUGCCAGAUUGUUCUGCAGUAUAUGAAUGAAGAAGAGAAUCGCAAUCUUCGCGAUGGCACAGGACAGGACACUGCCGGUGGCGAUGACAACGAUCCCACGGAGGAGGGGACCGCCGAGCCUGCGAGAGGAUACCACGAGCCUUUGGACUUCUACCAGGCUUGCAUUGCGCGAGAGCGCAACAAAGGCCUCUACACUGCCGACAGGCAGAUGGAGGAAAAUGGUGGAGCGACCUCUACACGGCAGAAUCCGAACGGCAACGGCCGUCGCCGUGGGCAACAGCGCCACGGCUUGGAAUGCCCUGAGGAGCGGGACUAUUAUCCAUAUUGGCAUCCCACGCCUUGGCACGACAUUGCCGUGCUCACCGAUGAGCCACAGGCCAGCAGAAAGCUUUGCGUCUUUGCGGCUAUGGGCUAA